AUGGGACAAGAUGCUAGUAUGGUUCAUAAAUUGGAAGAACAAUUAUCUAAGUCUUUUAACAUGAAAGAUUUAAAUCCAACAAGGCAGAUUCUCGUUGGUGUAAUGAGCAGAUUUCUUUCUAAUUUAGGAAGGUUCACUGAGAAAACAGCGGAUGCUAUUGAGAAAAAUCAUAUUGAUGUGAAUGUAGUAGAUAUAUUGACUAAGAUACUUCCUAGAAAAAAGCUUAAGCUCUGUAGUAACUUGGCCAGAAUGGAUUUCUUGGCUAAGGAAUAUGUGGGAUCCAACCCCAUGAUAUUAGUCUUAACCAUUCAAAGGCCAUGGGCCUUAUGUGUUUUAAGCUACCCUAAGAGAGCCUUAGGUAAUAAAAGAAAAAAAAAGUUGCAUUUUUUGGUUUGCAAUUCAGAGUUUCACAUUCUAAACAGUGAAAAUCAGAUGUUUCGCCUUAGUUUGGGGAAGCUUAGAGACGUCUUAUAUGAUGCUAAAGAUGUGCUUGAUAAAUUCAGGAUAAGUCAUAAAAUCAAAAGAAUCAACGAAAAGCUAGAUACGAUUGCUAGUGAUUUCAAAAAAUUUAAUCUUGGACUUGAAGAGAAAGUUCAGAACCGACAUGUUAGUCUUAGAGAUGCCCACUCCUUUGUUAUACCUUCUAAUGUGAUAGGUCGAAAUCAAGCCAAAGAAAACAUCAUAGAUGUUUUAGUCAAGCCAACCGUUUUUGAAAAAAUCCCCGUCAUCCCUAUAGUUGGAAUCGGAGGUUUAAGGAAAACCACACUUGCUCAACUUGUGUACAACGAUGAAAGGAUCACUAAGGUCUUUCCCUUGAAAAUAUGGGUGUACGUGUUAGAUGAGUUUGGUCUUGCUAGGUUGCUCUGUGAUAUUAUUUACUCCAUUACGGAGGAAAGAUGUAAUGGCUUGCCAGUUAAUGCAUUGCAAACUCAUUUGCGAAUGCUUUUAAAUGGUAAAACUUUUUUGCUUGCUUUAGAUGAUGUAUGGAACAAAGAUCAUGUAAAAUGGAUGGAACUGAGAGAUUUACUGAUGACGAUGGGUAACUUUCAACAAAGUAAAAUUAUUGUGACUGCACGAAGUUCAAAAGUUGCUUCGACCGAAGGGGAUGAGAAAGUUUACCGAAACCUUAUGAGAAUUGGUGACGAAAUUGUGAAAAAAUCCAAAGGGGUUCCAUUGGUCUUAACUUAUUUGUCAUUGUUUCCAAAGGACAUUAUUUAUGAUACUGAUUAUAUCGUCCAAUUCUGGAUGGCCAUUGGACUUAUUGAAAGCCCUAAGCAAAACGAAGAGGGUUCUGUCCAAGAUGUCGAGGAUAAACAUCCAUUUUACACAUUUAAAAUCCAUGGCCUAAUGCAUGAUCUCUUGUCAAAUAUGUCUCAAGAUGACUGCUUAACAAUUUAUCCUCAUACGGUAAAUGCUGCUAAAAAUACUCGACAUCUGUUAUUUUCGAAUGAUAAUCCAUUGGGAGCUCCACAAUCAUUUUCGAAGAAUUUAAAAGUUGUGCGGACAUUGGUGAUCUUACCUUCUUCAGGAAGAAAUAGGAUAAUUGAGGAACAUUUUGUAAAUGCUUCUAUCUUGAAUUUCGAGUUCCUUCGGCUACUUGAUCUCUCCUCUUCAUCUUGGGAUGUAUUGCCCAAUUCCGUUGGCACCUGGAAGCAUUUAAGAUAUCUUAACUUAUCCAGGUAUCGAAGAAUGAGGAAACUUCCUACUUCUAUCCGUAAACUUCAGAGCUUGCUGACAUUACGGUUAGCUGGCGUUCCACUGAUUGAAGUACCUGAAUGUUUGCAAAGCUUGAUUAAGUCUCAGAUUUCUAGAGAUAGCCACAGAUUCUGUGGUUUUAAGGGAUAUUCAACCAGGAUGUUAGAGUUCGCUUCAGUUGUUGCGCUUGUUCGACUGUGA